GGUCGAAGACGUCAUGUAUCUCUUAUAGAUCCAAACAUUAGUCUAUGAGACUCGUAAGGUGGGGAAUUAUUGUAGACAAUUACAGCACGGGCACCCCCAAUUGCAUCGUCUUCGACUGAUCUUCGAAUUCCCGGAGAAGCAAAGCUGUUCGCCUCGAGAUCCGGGAACGCGCCUCUCUUUUUUUGUCUCCGUUCCGAAUUUGUUCUUUUAUUGGCUUAAGAAUUCAUAUUUUCGUCGUCGGAAUCUCUGAUCGGCUGCAUACGAGAUUCAAUCGCUAUGGGCUUCUUGAUAACGACCCUGAUUUUCAUCGUGACAGGCGUCAUUGCCUCCCUCUUGAUCAGAAUUUGCUGCAACAGAGGACCUUCUGGAAAUCUGUUUCACUUAACACUGGUCAUUACGGCGACAGUGUGUUGUUGGAUGAUGUGGGCAAUUGUAUACCUUGCGCAGAUGAAACCACUAAUCGUUCCAAUCCUCAGUGAAGGGGAGUGAGGAGGUCUGCCGAAGAGCUACACACAGUGCUCCUUUUGAAUUGGCAUUUUGUAUUAUGGCUGGCUAGUGGUGAUUGUUACUGCAAAUCUGCCCCGUUUAGGAUUCAGAUGUUAUUGUUGGGAACUGAAGUCAGAUGGUUCAUCUCCUAAGAGAUCCUACGAUUGAUCUGAGCUAUGUUGUAUUCUGAUCCAACUUCCCCCUUUUCUCAUUUAUCAUUUGGAAACUCUGGGAUUGUUUUUAUCAGAGAUUGUGAAAUUACUGUCAUGGAAUAAAUGAUGGGAUAUAGAGUAUGAAUUUCA